AUGUCCACAUCAGCUACAGGCGGCGCGGCUUCGGCUAGCAAGAGCUUGACCAACUAUGCAUCAUAUAUACCAGAGGGCAGCAAGCAACCGCGGAUUGGGCAUCUGGAUCUGGACUCCAAUUCCAUCACACCCCUUUCCUACACCUCUGGCACUCCGAUCAGGAAUCUCUACGAAGUGAUUGAAGCAGGCGAGGCUGCCAUUGUUCAAGCAGGAGAACCGUUCGCACGCAGCAAGGCGAGACUGCUACCCCCGAUCUACGGCCGGGAUAUUCUUGCUGUCGGGAAGAAUUAUGCGGCCCAUGCCAAAGAGUUCAAUGCCUCAGGCUAUGACAGCUCUGACAAGGUCGACAUGCCCACCCACCCAGUCAUCUUCACCAAGCGCUGGACUUCUGCUAUUGCGGAUGGGGACGAGAUCUACCCCCAUCCGGGAUUCACCGAGUCGGUGGACUACGAAGGAGAAAUCGGCGUCAUUGUAGGCAAGCCUGGAUUCAAGAUUGACGCAAAAGAUGCCCUCGACCAUGUCUGGGGCUUUACCAUUAUCAACGACGUGACAGCGCGAGAACGGCAGCGGGACCACAAGCAGUUCUACAUUGGGAAAUCGCCUGAUACUUUUGCGCCGAUGGGCCCGAUAGCCGUCCCGAAGGAGCAUCUUCCAAAGGUGCUCACUGUGCAAACUGUCGUAAACGGAGAAAAGCGACAAGAAGGUACGACUGACGAUUUGAUAUUCAGCAUCCCGACUUUGAUCGAGACACUAUCUGCGGCCCAGACACUACAACCUGGAGAUGUAUUGGCAACCGGGACGCCCGCCGGCGUUGGCUUUGGCUUUGACCCCAAGGUGUGGCUACAUCCUGGAGACGAGGUCAAGAUUUCAGUGACAGGCCUCGGAACAUUGACAAACAAGAUUGCAAGCCCAGAAUCGAGAACUACCAUCCUCAACCACAUCGUCUCGCCCGCUGUGCCCGUGGCAAAUGCCCGGACGGUCGAAGGUCGUGGGUUGACCUCUGUUGGCUCGAAACAGCUGUUCUACCAGAGAAAAGGCGGUGACAAUGCUGGGCGGCCAAUUUUCUUCAUCCAUGGUCUGGGCGGCACUUCAGACUAUUUCGGACCUGUGAUGACAAGGCUGGGGAACUCCUGGACGUAUCACCUGGCCGAUCUCGAGGGCCACGGGCUGUCGCCAACAGCCGCGACGAGCAAGUUGAGCAUCGCCUCCUUUGCUUCGGACGCAUAUGAACUUUGCUCUCAGGCUGGAAUCAACGCCGAGUCUGGCUUGACCGUGGUCGCACAUUCGAUGGGCUGUUUGGUUGCGAUGAAACUGGCGCUGGAUCAUCCGGAUUUGGUCAAGACACUGAUCUUACAAGGGCCUGGUCCUUCACCGCUCCCAGAGGCCGCCAGCAAAGCCACAUACGCCAGGGCCGCCCUUGCUCGGGAUCAGGGCAUGCUUGGAGUAGUGGAUGCGGUGGUUGGUGCAGGGACAUCUGAUUACAGCAAGGCACAUAAUCCUUUGGCAAUUGCAGCCGCUCGAAUCUCCCUCCUGGGACAAGACCCCGAAGGAUACGCAAAGGCUUGUACAGCACUUGCAGACUCGCACGCCGACACCUUGGACAUCUCAGCCCUGAAAGCCAGAGUGUUGAUUAUCACAGGAGACGAGGAUAAGGUGUCGCCGCCGGAGAUGUGCAAGAAGAUGAAGGAGAAAAUCCCUCAGUGUGAGGACGUCGUGGUACUGCCUCAUGUCGCCCACUGGCACCUGUUUGAAGCUACCGAGAGUGUGUGCUCGGCUGUCACCGACUUCCUGGGUAAGCAGUAG